AUGGCUGAAACUCACGAGGGAUUCAAAGUUGAAAAGCUAAAUGAGGGCUCAGGACCCAACCCAUCUCAAGGGCAAACUGUUAAAGUUCACUAUACUGGCAAGCUCACAGACGGCUCAGUGUUUGAUUCUAGUGUCUAAAGAGGCCAACCAUUCUCAUUCAAACUUGGAGUAGGUCAGGUCAUUUCAUGCUGGGACCAAGGAAUUGCUCAACUCUAAAAGGGACAAGAAGUCGUUCUUACCUGCCCAUAUCAAAUGGCUUAUGGAGAGAGAGGUCAUCCACCAGUCAUCCCAGCUAAAGCAACUCUCAUCUUCGAAGUCUAACUUCUUGAUUUCUAGUGA